AUGACGGUCUCCAAGGACAACAGGAAUAAGUCCAGGAGAACAACCACACACCCCAAAGUGUCGUUCUACAACCAGAAGGAACUUCAUGGCCUCUCGACACAACUAGCAGAGAGCUUGGGACGCUGCGGAGUCGGCGAGGGAGACAUGGUCGCCAAUCUAUUCUACGCCGGCGACCUCUACGGGAGCUUCUUGUUGCACAUCCUCUCUGUCUAUCAUCUUCCGAGCGGUGCAAUCCAGCUUCCUGUAGCUGGACAUGUUUCCUUGGAAUCUAUGGAAAGACAGAUCGUCGAGUUCGAGGCAACCGUCGUUCUCGCCACGGUGACUACCAUGUCACAGCUCUCAGAACGCAUCCUCAGCAGUGGUAAGACCCACCCAUACGUCCGCCUGCUGCUUUUCUCAGGGGAAGCAUUCUACGAUGAUCAGGCUGGGCUGCUCAAAGCUGCCUUCCCGAAUGCAACUAUCAGAUCCGUCGUCUACGGAUCUAUGGACUGCGGAAUCAUCGGCUUACCACCGAAGCAAGAGCACUACACAAACGACCCCAGGCUUCACCAAGUCAACGACCCAAACAUUAUCGUGGAGAUCAUCAAUGAAGACGGCGAGGUCACAACCACCCCAGGAGAGGCGGGCAGCCUGACCGUGACGAACCUGGAGCGCCUGCUCAUGCCCAUUGUUCGCUACCCGUCUGGAGAUCGAGCCGCGUGGGUUGACCCAGCUCUAGGCCUUUUCCGUGUCCUCGACAGGGACCGCACGGCCAUCCGCCUCGGCCCCGUUUCCGUCGACUUCGUAGACCUCCGACGGAUAGUGUCCACGGUCCUUGGAGACCGGCCAGUCGGGCGCUUGCAGGCCAUUGUCACACGAGAAGACAGAAAAGACCUCUUGACUUUGAACAUCGCAUGUACACCGGCUACAGAUGAGGAGAGUUUACAGCUGCAGGCGGAGCUGAGAGAGGAGCUGGGUGUGGUGCGUCCUAUGUUUCGGGAACACGUCGAGAAGGACCUUAUCAACCCGUUGAGAGUUAAGUUUAUCACCAUGCAGGAACUCGCUGUCAACCCAAGAAGUGGAAAGAUUGUCGAAGUACAGGAUCUUCGGUCGACCACUGUUUAG